GAAGCAAAACCCCCCCAAAUCUUGUUUCUUUAAAGUGGGGAUCCCAUAAAUUAAUUGGGUAAAAGAAUAAACGUACAAACAAUGGGCGGUCCACGGUUUUAGCUUUCAUAAACGAAAAUCAGAUUGUGAAAUACAAUUACAAAUAUGAUGAUGGUGGUGAGAUAGUGCUUGAAUUUUGAAUUUUCAUCUUCAAGUGCAUUAGCCGUCUAUUACCAUCAUCAUCGUCCAUUCAUCGGUUGUACGGAUCCAAAUUGGAAAAGGUAUAGAGCUAAAUCAACAAAAUUGAUUAAUCCUACUAUGAGCAUGGACUUUACUGAGAUUAUAAAGAGCAACUUUUAAAAGCUUCGAUGAUCUCCUACGUAAAUACGGAUUGACUUCCAUCUGUUUGGCUUUCUCUCCGGAUUCUUCUUCAGAUUGAUUCUUUCCUGCAAUGUUCACUUUUCGUGCAACUUUUGUUGUUCAUGAUGCCCCCUCUUUGAAUUCGGUGUCUUGGAAAACUAAGAGCAUAUGUAUUCAAGGAGAGCAGUAAGUGGCAAUCACUAAGCUAUAAUUGUAAAGUACCAUCAGCGUGGAAUAUUAUUUGAGUCCUGCUCACUUGACUUCGUACUUGGUAGAGAACACAGCAAUACCAGCUGUUAUUUUGUGCAUAUGAUUGAGUGGUUUUAUAGUUUGAAGCACAAAAAAGAUGGGUUUAAGAGUGAACCUGCUUCUUUUGGUGUUUCUCUCGGUUGUCAUAUUUGGUCAUAGUAUAACAGCUGAACAAGAAGAGCAAACUUUACAAAGAGUGAUUACUGCUCCUCGGAGGAAUGCAGAAGGUGGUGUGAUAGAUGGAUCUGGUACUGAGCAUAUUGGUGAUGAAAUGGGUGCAUGGCAGGACGGAAAUGGUAGAGUCUCAGUGUCAACAGUUGCAAUUUUCACGCUGGCAAUGGCUGCGGCUACUGGUUUGGGAGCUCUCCCAUUCUUUUUUAUGGAGCUUGAUCCUCAAUGGGCUGGAAUAUGCAAUGGGAUGGCAGCAGGAGUAAUGCUUGCUGCAAGUUUUGACCUCAUACAAGAAGGACAGGGCCAUGGAAGUGGCAGUUGGGUCGUAUUGGGUAUUUUGUCUGGCGGUGUUUUCAUCUUGCUUUGUAAGAAGUUCCUUGAGCAAUAUGGUGAAAUGAGCAUGCUGGACAUAAAGGGAGCAGAUGCUACUAAAGUCAUUCUUGUUGUCGGAAUCAUGACUCUUCAUUCUUUUGGUGAGGGAUCUGGUGUUGGAGUUUCCUUUGCUGGCUCUAAGGGUUUAUCACAAGGGUUAUUGGUGACGUUGGCUAUUGCUGUGCACAAUAUACCUGAGGGCCUGGCUGUUAGUAUGGUCCUUGCAUCGAGAGGAGUUUCUCCACAGAAUGCCAUGAUAUGGAGUGUGAUUACAUCACUACCACAGCCUCUUGUAGCAGUUCCUUCAUUUAUAUGUGCGGAUGCAUUCAACAAGUUCUUGCCAUUUGCAACUGGAUUUGCUGCCGGUUGUAUGAUUUGGAUGGUUAUGGCUGAGGUCCUUCCAGAUGGGUUCAAGGAGUCUUCCCCAUCUCAAGUUGCAUCAGCUGCUACGCUAUCUGUGGCAUUUAUGGAGGCACUCGGUGCCGUGUUUGAGCAUUUCAGCCACAACUACAGUCAAGAGGAUGCUUCCGGCUUCUUUGUUUCUCUAUUGUUCGGCCUAGGUCCUUUGCUCGGUGGUGUAGCCCUUGUUGCAUUUGCUCUUGCUUUCCGCCUUCGGCAUGCAUUUCUUACCGGUGUGGCCUCUGGCAUUGCCUUUGUCCUUGGUACCUGGCGACCCCUUCAACUACUUGUCUCUUCUAAGAUGGGGCUUCUUCCACUCCUGUUUCUUCUUGGGGUCGGAACAGCAUUCGUCCACGUACCUACAUCAAUCCUUACGAAUUCUCGAUUGCACAGGAAGACUUCUGCAAACACAUUAUCUACUGUCACCGGCUUAACUGUAAGUGCACUCACGCUUCAAUCAGUCCUGUCUUGUGCAGCAGUCGCCCUUCACGCUCUCGCUGAGGGGCUCGCGUUAGGUGUAGCUGCACCCAAAGCUUACGGCCUUGGGAGGCACAUGGUCCUCCCCGUCUCCCUCCACGGGUUCCCUCGUGGCGCAGCUGUGGCUAGCUGCAUCUUUGGAGCAACCGAUAGUUGGCAUGCAUCCCUUUUAUCCGCUGCCCUAAUCGGGUUUGUGGGGCCGUUAUCAGCCAUUGGAGCUAUACUGGCUGGGAUCGACUACAGCGGGUUGGACCACGUCCUGGUGUUUGCUUGUGGAGGACUUUUCCCGUGCUUCUGGAGCACCGUGAGAAGAGCGAUCAAGUUAGAUAAACGUAAGAGCAUUUUCGGGGUUGUCGUUGGCGUCGUGUUUGCUAGUGUGUGUCUAACUUGCACAAAGCUCGUGUGUUUGCACACACCUUACUGCAACUCUGCUCCUGAAGCUGUAAGAUGAUGUAAUAUGUCAUGUUUAUACUACUCGACACAACACCAAAAAAAAGAAAAGAAAACAUAUUGUAGAAAUGAUUUCUGAGCAUUCUACUUUACAUUCAUUACUGCUGGAAUGCUGCUUAGGGUAUUUUGUAUCUUUAGUGUUAUUUACAAUUUUUUUUUCAUAUAUGAUUUUGUAUUUCUUUU